CGGCGCUGGAGCGUGCGACACUGUCGCACGGUAGAUAGACUGCAGAGUGCAGUCGAGGAGGAAUAGGUAAUAAUAAUAUGGAGCGCUGGGCUGGGAAGGUCGCGGUCGUCACCGGGGCGAGCGUCGGCAUCGGGGCUGCCAUUGUCAACAAGCUGCUGGACAACGGGCUGAUCGUGGUUGGCCUGGCGAGAAGAGUGGAAAAAGUCAAGGAAUUGAUCGACGACCGACCCGAAGCCAAGCUUCACGCCGUCGAAUGCGACGUGACGAACGAAGAGAACGUCGUCACCGCCUUCGCUUGGAUCAAGGAGAAUCUCGGCUCCGUCGACGUACUCGUCAACAACGCCGGCGUCACCAAAGAAACGACCCUCUCCGAUGGAAGCCUGGCGGAUUGGCGGAACGUGCUGGACGUGAACGUGCUGGGCCUGUGCGUGUGUACGCGCGAGGCUGUGCGCUCUAUGCGCGAGUGCGACGGGGAAUCGGUAAUUAUUCACAUCAGCAGUUUGGCCGGGGAGCGCGUGCCGGCAGUGCCCGGCUUCAACGUUUAUCCCGCCACGAAGCGAGCAGUCAACGCGCUCGCUCAGACGCUGCGUCACGAGCUCGCCGGGACGAAAAUUCGCGUGACGGUAUGGAUAAUGAAAUAUAUAUAUAUAUAUAUAUAUAUGUGUAUAUGUAUACAUUCGAUGUUUUGGUGUAUCAAUUGUUAUUAUUAUAGAAGUUUAGUGACACACUCGUCGCGCUUUCAGACCAUCAGCCCAGGACUGGUAGCAACCGAACUCAUGGCAAAUUACUCGGCGUUCACACCCGAGGUACUUACGGCAAUGCCAGCUCUAUUGCCGAGUGACGUUGCCGAAGCGGUGACCUUUGUUCUGUCCAUGCCGUCGCAUGUGUCGGUGCAAGACAUCGUUCUUCGACCGCUGGGCGAAUCUUGGUGAAAAUAUGAAAUAUGAGGAUGUUAUACUAUUCUGAAACUAUAUUCUUUUUUUAAUUUGUAAUUGAUUAUAUAUUUGUAUAUUAACGUGUUAAAUGAAGGUUUUUAAUAUAUUUAAAUCAUAUAAAUGACA